UUCCUGUCCUCUCUCUCUUUUCCGCCGAUCUCCUUGCCGUCUCUGUUUCGCUUUGGUGCAACAGAAGACACACGCCAUUGCGUCGCACGCGAACACGACAUUGAAGCCUUCCAAUACCACCUGGGCUUGCUUCGCCUCAUCAUUUCUCUUUCCGCCGGGCUUGUGUUCCGACGUCAUGUCUUCUCUGCCAUGCGCCUGCUGGAGGAGGAUGGACGCUUCACAAGACGGCCUGAACCAUGUCGGCGACAAAGCCCGACUCCGCUUGCAUGAUGACUGCAGCCGACAUUCCUUGUGCUCUCGCAGGGACGCCCGGCUGCCCGACCGUGCACUCCCCUCACGAAGCAGUCCCUAGUCGGCUCCCGGCAGGUCGUCGUCGAGAGGCCUUGCGGGUCGCCAUGCCCGCCCCGGUGCCGGAGUCGGCAACGAGCAGACAUUCAAACGACACCCGCCCUCUGAAGUCCCAGGGAGGAGGCGAACGAGUCUUCCGUAUCACUCGUGGGCCAUCUCCUCCCCUUGGCCUGCCCACUUCCCUUCCCCGGCCCGGGGUGGCACAGCCCGGGAGCGAUAGCACCCCAUGGGGCUAUCACGUCUGUCUAUCGUGUCGAAACACGUAGCACGGCCUUGUCCUAUGGGAGGCCAUGGUAAUGCUGCAAAUGUUCGUGCAGCGCGCCAAGUGGGGAUGCUGGCUAACUUGCUGCUCCGUUUUGUGCUUGUGAUUCUUUCCCCUCCAUUCGCGCCCGUCGCCUCUGCACACGCUGCAGCACGCAACUCGUCGGACACGUCGCCGCCCGGCCCCCAUUGGUCUUCUGCCCCAGCACUUGCAGCAGGCCCUCCCCCCUCUGAUCCACCUCCCCUGGACCGGGUUGGCGCGAUUCUGGCCGUUGCUGCACCUGCUCCUGCCUGGCUUCGUGGCGUUCGUUCAUCAGUCCAUUGGAUUCGAUCUUCUCGUGCUGGGCAGCAGCAGGCUGUGCCCUUCGACUUUCCUUGUCCUGUCCCUCCGCCCACAUCUGUCGUUCCGCACAAUCGAUCGCCUCCGACGAUCCCGCCGGCGACGGUUAUCUCUAGCUGUGAACGGCAGUGCCGCCGCCUGACGAGAACAAAAAGGCACAAAUGCCGGCUGUCCUGUUGUGCCGAAUCUUGCCACCGACUAUUUGAGGGAAAACUGGUGGUUUGAUUAUGGUUUUCAGUGGCCGAAAGAGGAAGAGAACAAGAGAAGAGAAAGAAUCUAUUGUAGUUGCCACAGCCAGUGCCAGGUGGUGUCUGGCAGCCGUCGCCCACUGGCCAUCGGCUUCCAUCUGGCAUCUGGCCUCCCACGCUGCUAUUCGUCUGCCGUUGGGAAUCACUGACACGGGAAUCGUCGCUGGACUACCUGUCUUGUUGUUUCGUGGUUGUGGACUGACAUCUGCCGACCAGCCGCACCUGGUUGCUCGACACGUCUCCCGGCAGGUUGGGUUGGGCAUCCAGACAUAAGAGUCGGUUGCAUGCGACUGCUGCAGACCUUCCUUGGAAACCGCUUGUCAGCCACUCAGCCGAAACCAUAACCCCAACCCACGCGAUCCCUUGGGCCUAGGGAUUAGCCCACCCCAGCUACGAUCGCCCUGCCGGUCUCUCGUGCUUUCGAUGCGGGGAACCCCGGCGCACGCACAAAUACUCCUUCUCCCUUUCUCGCCCUCCCUCGUUUUCCCUCACGAUACCUCCCCGUACUCACAGCUCAACCGCCAGGCCCAGAAUCCUGCUUCUGGCCGUAUUCUGCCGGAUGUUCUACAUUUUGUUUCUCCCAGCAUAUCCUGCUUGCAAACCCCGUCCCUGACAGUUGUCAUGAGGACUCACGACACAGCCUGACCAGAUCCAAGGCCUCGACGCUGCCCCGGUUCGUGAAGGCAGAGGUUGCCCAAGCCACGAACAGGGGUAAACCAACGAACCCAUCCGUCCACACGGCGAUGCGAGAUCUUGUCGUCUCAUGGUGACCAUAGGUCGAGGCGUAUCACAUCGCCGCAGCUUCUAACACCCUACGCCCAGACCCCGACUCCUCCCCAGACUCGUUGCUGCUCCACGCCAUCUCGUCAUCAGCGGCUCGUUGCAGCAUGCUCCCGUGGCGUCCCUACCACCCGCCUCGAGGGAUAGUCACGAUGGAUCGCUACGCCGUAACCGCGGGGAUUCCCGUGUCGGUGUAUUUUGUGGACGGAUGCUGUAUCGAAGCACGACGGGCCGAGAUGACCGCCAUCGGUCUCGACGGUCUCCGGGAGGCCAUCGCAGAUAAAUACCACCCGGUGAUGAGGAUACUGACGGACGAGAUCCGGACCACCUGCCGACUCCUGCGUGAGCUCACCGACAGGAUACAGGUCCACAUAGACCGCCUCCCAGUCGUCCUCAACUAUUUGAAUGUCUUCCUUGGCUGCCUCGCUCGAUCGUUGCUCGAUAUCGCCAAGUUUUAUGACAACAAGACCAUCUCACGAGAAACGCGCUGGAGGAAGAUGUACCACGACAUGUCGGCCGAGGGCGGCAUCCCACUGCCGCAGCGCUUCCUCAUGUACAACCACUUCCUCAGCCUUCUAGUUCAGCUGAUUACAAGGUCGCCCCAUUUCGACAUCAACACAUUGGACGCUAUCCAGGACAGGAUCAACAAGCUGCGUGAGGAGAGAGGCAUCCCACCGCCACCAGUCCCCGUUGGUCCCGCCGUCAACCCGCAGGCGCUCAUGCAAGUCGCCCGCCGUGAGCGGAGUGACCACUGGGCCACCGAGAUAUUCUCGCGGCCGCUGCCGUCUCGCACCGCCAUACCGGGCAAGCCGAAGGCAUCCAUAACACACGGGCCGUUCGCCAACCCUGGCGAGGUCAUGAGGAUCCCGAGUGACUCCAAGGAGCUGUUCAGGCGGCUGUUUGACAACAACAACAUCACCGUUUCCGUCUACAUCAACCCGUUCAACAAGACCCCGUUCAUGGUCGUCAGCCACUACCAACAUGGCCAGUCGCUGUUCUCGACCAAGGGUAUCCACGAGCUGUGCAUCAAAAGAUCGAACGGCCGCCUGGUGCUCAAGCGCUGGAGCGAAUCUGCGCAGACUGGCAAACCUUGGCUGGAGCUUGCCUUUCUCACCUGGGAAGAGAUGGUUCUUUUUCACUGCACAUUUGUCGCCCUCAAGGUGAACAGUGCUUUGUCAGUCCAGCUCAUGCCUGAAGAAUAUGCGAUCAAAGGCGAGAGGAAAGAGUUCCGAGCAGCGAUCCUUGACGACGGGUUCAGCCACUAUCUCACCGUAUUCAAGGACCCGGACACAGAGGCCGUUCGGCUCCAUGCUGAGGUCUCGGAAGGGGACAUGAAACAAUGUCCAAUCUGGACUGCUUUCGUGACACACCAAUCCAAGUCACCGACAUGGAUUCAGCUUAAGCGCGGAGGCGUUGUCCUGCUCAUGGAUGUGAACCUAUACGUGUUUUGCAAGGAAUAUCGAGAGGAAAAGAUGCGACAGAACAAACACGGCGCUUUCGAGAUACAUUUCAAGAAUCCGGGAGCGGCGGUAAAGUUCAAAGAGUGUUUCUACCAGACGCCACCCCCAUCUCCCUCGACGCAGCCCACCGACCUGGACGACGAGAGCGAGCCCCCGACCCCCACGUCGGAAUCCCCCAUGUCGGAAUCCCCAAUGUCGGAAUCCCCAAUGUCAGAGUCCCCAAUGUCAGAAUCCCCAAUUUCGGAACCAAUGUCGGAACCCCCGAUGUCGGAAUAAGAUCACAGAGGGUUACGAUACAAAACGGCACUAAAGCUCCGGUACUGGCCAGUACCAUUGGAAGGACUCGCCUACUUUACCACUGGCAUCAAAAUCCACCAACCGCAUCUCGCUUCCCUGCACCACCGCCCAUCAGCACACACUGGGUGGUUUGCUGUCACUGCCACGAAUCGAGAAUCAAGCCAGCUAUUCUUUCUGGCAUGGCGACGAACCCUCCUGCGUCAUAUUUGCCUUUUUUUUCCCGCCCAGGCCUCGCCCACCACUCAAGACUUGACUCGGACCUAUCGCGCGCCACCCGACACGCCGCACGUCGCACGUGUUGCUACACACCCGGUAUUAUCUGCCGUCAGCUCCGGAACCUGAAUUCACAAGGUUCAACCUGCAAACAAAAAGACAGGCAGGCAUACCGCACUUUGCCCAGCGCCUUUCUAGCUGCCAGCCAGUAGUCACGUCUUAUUUCUUCCACCUCGCGCCCUCCCGAUACCCCGCGUUGCAGUCCCAUUGUUCGAUAAGCAUGUAGGCUGCUUCGACGACCUUGCUCAACCCUGCGAUUCCGGUUUUCUUUCCGUCUUUCCGUCUACACUCUGCUAGCGUCUGCGUCUGUAUUAUUCUUUGUUUUUUCUUUUUGCUCUUACGCGGCCUAGAACCGGAGGAAGUACCCACCCAUUCUGCUCGGCUAUUAUGACAACUGACGACGUUUACGACAAAAACCGACAUAGAAGAAUAUGUAAUAUUGUAUGAUUGGUCGAGGCAGGAUAGGUAUGGAAAUAUCUAUAGCAUUUAUG